AUGUCAGUCACAUUGGUCGAUCCCAUCGGCGACAUUAUCCUCAAGUCCGGCGAUGAUUCGUUUCAGGUCUCGUCCAAGAUCCUGUCUACAGCUUCCCCUGUAUUUUCCGUUAUGUUCAGCCCUCUCUUCAAGGAGGGUGCGUCGAUGGUCGAUGGGCCGAAGGAGCCAGUGGCCAUACGCCUGGGAGACGACGAUGCCGAAGCACUCCUGGCGUUCUGUAACAUGGUGCAUUUCCGAACUGACGAGAUAUCGGAAAAGCCGACUGCUACAUUUCUGGAAAGAUUCGCUGUGCUCGUUGACAAAUAUAUGUGCAAGAAGGCAGUUAUCUCCCAAGUCAAGGUAUGGCUGUUGAAAAAUCUACAAAGCCUGUCUGUCACGGAGCUGUGUCCAUUGCUGUUGCUCGCGUAUAUUAUGGAUUUACCGGAGAGAUUCGCUACCAUCUCAAAGGAAAUUCUCUUCAAUCAUGUGGGUUCCUAUUCUGAAUUAAUCUUGUUGGCGGAUCACCCACUCAUGGACAGCAACAUCGUCGUGGAAUUUGAGAGAAAGAAAUAUGAACUCCAUCGUAUGGUCAGGAAGGCACUUACCAGCGUACUUUAUAGCCUGACUGCCUUCAAAACCGACGAAUCCAAGUACAUAUCGCUUUAUACGUUGAAGCUACAAGCGCGUGGGCUGCUUCCAGGAACCGAUGCCUUCGAAGCCAAGAGCUUCAAACAAGUGUGCUGGGACGUAUCGACACUGUCUAAGUUCCACCUUCAGCCUUGCAAGGUGCAAGGCUGUGUAUGCACGUCUCAUAAAGCAUUGGAACAUGAUAGAAAGGUAGCGAGAAUAUUGAAUAACUGCAAAGAUGCAAAGGUGGGCCUUUGCUUGGACUGCUUACGGUCGGAGGGUUCAUCCUUCCCAAAUUGUCGUUUUACUCACCCUCUCGCCGGGGAUGACAAGGCCCUUUUUGCGGCAGCAUAA